UAUGCAUUCUAUCCCCUCCAGACGUUAUGGUCAACUCGAUCGCGAUCCUACCAGGCACCGGAAAACAAGGGCAGGCAGCUAUCAAGGUGUUCCGUGAUCGCGGCUACACUGUACACACUUUGGUUCGAAAUCCAUCAUCAGACGUUUCGCAGGAAUUGCAGUCCCUUGGUGCAAUCGUGCAUAAGGGCGAUCUUACGGACAUAAAAUCUAUAGAAGCAUCCCUCAAUGGCACCGAGGCUCUCUUCUUCGCUAUUCCCGCCCAUCCACACAACGAAAUCUUAUUUGCGAAGAACAUCCUGGCAGCCGCUUCGAACUCAAAUAUACGGAGCAUUGUGUACUCGAGUGUAGCUCGCGCCGGAGAGCAUGAGAGUUUCCCUGGCUGGGAUGCGGACAGCUAUCCACUAGGAUGGUACUGGAUGAACAAGCAGACAAUAGAAGGGUUAGUGAGAACGUCCAAUUUUACUUGUUGGACCAUUCUACGCCCUGCUUUCUUCAUUCAGAACUUCUGCCGCCCUGAAGUCGAGCAUAUGUUUCCAGGCCUGGCAGAGGAGCAGCGUUUGUCUGUAGCGUAUACGCCUUCAACUCGGCUUGAUCUCAUCGAUACCCAAGAUAUCGCGAAGUUCGCGGCUGCAGCCUUCGAAGAGCCCGAAACAUUUUCGGGACAGGAAAUCCCACUCGCGAGUGAGAAACUGACUGCUACGGAGCUUGCUGAGGUUCUUGGAACGAUAAGUGGCAAGGUGAUUGACGUUCACUAUAUAAGUGACGACGAGGUACCAGAGCUUGUAGCCAAGGGAUAUCGAGCUGUUCAAGCGCAGCAAUGGCACAGUGGUGUAGGCUAUGCUGUAAAUCUACAGGACACCAAGCAAUAUGGUGUCAUACUUGCGCCAGUGCAAAAGUUGCUUGAACGUGAUGGGUUAGGGUGGUAGGCAUGAUACGGAGUAUGACGUUCAAAAAUACAUAAGAUCUUAGCCUACGUUCUCUUUCGAACGUCCACUUACCGUUCCAGGUAAUCUGUCGGAAUGUCAAAGCCAAUAUACUCCUGUUGGUAGCACAUCGGUCUUGGUGUUUGUAGUGGUGUGUCUUUCGAAGGCAAUCCAGGGGCCAGUAUAGUCUUGUGGAGUAGCUGGUUGAGUAUUGGAC